CUGAUAGUUAUGAUAUCCACGUCAACAUGACUAAGAUCCACGAGUUGUGGCACCGUGGCGCGUCAACCACAAGAUAAGCCAAGUCCAUAGAAGCGCAUCGUAUCGACCUUGGAAGAAUAAGAACGCCGCCAACCAUGUCCGCGCUGGCUUGUUGCAUCCCCCGCAUGCGCACCUCGCAGUCUUUCCGCAACUGCCACUCCUACAGAUUGUUUCGGACAUUAUCGUUAUCCAGAUCCCCGCGCUCACUCGGGUUGUCUUUGCCAACAUCUUCUACACGCCUUACUUCUACAAGCAUCAGUAACACCACCCCUCAAUCCAUAAAUAUCUCCUCUCUGCAUAUCCACCAAACUCGGACCAUGUCCUCAGCCGCCAUCCCCGACCGCUACAAGCUGGUCUACUUCGUCCCACAUUCCCAUCACGAGGCCUGCAAAGAAGCCAUCUUCGCGACCGGUGCUGGAACCUUCCCUGGAGGCAAGUAUAAAAGGGUCUGUUUCCAAGUGCCAGGACUGGGUCAAUUUCUGCCGUCGGAGGGUGCGAACCCCGCCAUUGGCGAGGUCGGAAAGGUCGAGACGGUCGAGGAGAUGAAGGUGGAAGUGAUGUGUCUGGGGCGGGAAAUUAUGCUGCAGGCCGUGGAGGCUUUGGUCAAGGCCCAUCCGUAUGAAGAGGUCGUGUAUGAGGUGUAUAAGAUGGAGAAUGUGUAAUGGAACUCAUGGAGGAUGAGCUGGGUUAUGAAGCUAGAUUAUGUGUCACGAUGGCGUUUUGGAGGGGUUGAGUCGGAGAGGUGCCUGUUGUUAGUCUCGAAUACUCCAUAAUCCCAAAUUAAUCCAUCGAAAUGAUCGUCUCGAUGAAUCGAAGCGCAUGGUGAGGUCGGUGUUGU